AUGUGCGACCCCAACUGGACGGCCGCGCACGCUAAGGAAACUCAAGACAAAAACGCCAUCGAAACGACAGAAACUUCAGUCCUGAUGUCUUCCGCGACCAGUAUGAGCACUGUGCUCCUCGAAACGUUUCGUGCCUGGACUGUGUCGGGUACCAGGUGCCAGUAUAUCAGAGGGAUAGUUGACAGUGGAAGUUCACGAACGUUCAUCCGGGAAGAUCUAGCAAGGGAGCUCGGUUUGAAGGAGGUAGCCCAAGUUUGGAUCGGAAUUAACACGUUCGCCUCAGACUCGGAGUGUCGGCCCGCAAAACGAAGCGUUGUGGAAGUGACUGUGCGAAGCCAGUACACCCACGAAGACGUCAAGCUAGCAGCCAUCGUCAUACCAGUGAUAUGCAGAGAUAUCCAGGAAUCGCCGGUGGACAACAAACACGUACUUGCACUUCAGGACUGUGGUGAACUAAUCGCCGAUGUUGUGGCUUUUCCUGGUAUGCGGCAACUAAAUGGCAUCAGUCUGCUUAUUGGAUCCGAUCAAGUUUGGAAGCUGAUCUCCGGCGAAAUUCGGCGCUACGGGAAGCAGGAAGAGCUCGUUGCCAUCGAAACGAUAUUGGGAUGGACGUUCCAAGGCCCAAGCCAAGUGAAAGCUCUGGUCGCGCAACAAGCAGACAGCCUGAUAUGCGUGCUGAGAACAAACGUGAACUGCGUGUUCCUGCAAGAUGAAGAAAUAAGGCAGAUGUGGGAAAUCGAAAAUGCAGGCAUCAACGAAGGCGCCCCACCGACGGCAUUGACGAGUAACGUGCUAGCAGAGUUCCAGCGCACUGUAAAGAUGGCAAACGACAGUUAUGAGGUGCGCCUCCCAUGGAAGAACGUCGACGUCCCACUGCACGAUAACCGUGCUGUCGCAGAAAGGAGACUGAAUCGAUUGGUGAAACGGCUCGCCGUGAACGACGCCUUGGUAAGAGAAUACGACAAGAACAUUCGCGCGUAUUUGUUGAACGACCACGCGGAACCAGUACCUAUCUCAGAGGGAAAGACACCUGAACGCAUCUACUACAUGCCUCAUCGUGAGGUCAUCCGUCCCGAGUCUACGACUACGAAAAUGCGGGUGGUGUUCGAUGCUUCAUAG